AUGUACACCAAAGCAAUCAUCGCCUUCGGCCUGGCCUCUGUUGCCAGCGCCCACAUGAAGAUGAGCUCUCCUGCGCCAUAUGACGCUGCCAACUUGGACAACAGCCCUCUUGAGGCUGAUGGCAGCAACUUCCCCUGCAAAGGCAGCAGCUAUAACGCCGCUGGCGCUUCGAACGUCUACGCCCAGGGUGCCUCAGGCGAGCUUGCUUUCAUCGGUUCCGCCGUCCACGGCGGCGGAUCCUGCCAAGUCUCUAUCACCUAUGACGCGAAACCGAACAAGAACAGUGUCUGGAAGGUCAUCAAGUCCAUCGAGGGAGGCUGCCCUGCCAAGAACGCCGAGGGCAAUCUUGGUGACAACGCCAACCAGGUCAACCAAGACAAGUAUGACUUUACCAUCCCCGAAGAUAUGCCUGCCGGCAAUGGCACCAUUGCCUGGACUUGGUUCAACAGGAUUGGCAACCGUGAAAUGUACAUGAACUGCGGGCCGGUUACCAUCACUGGCUCUGAGGGUUCCAAGGAGUCGUACAAUGCUCUUCCUGACAUGUUCGUCGCCAACAUCAACGGUUGCAUGCUUGAGGAAGGCACCAACGUUCAGUUUCCCAACCCUGGCAACUCUGUCGACAAGUUCGCCUCCAAAUUGACGGCACCUACGUGUGGUGGCGGCUCCGGUGGCGGCUCCGGUGGCGGCGCGACUGGUUCUCCCAUCCCCACGAGCACUGCUGGCAACGGAGGUGGCAACGGCGGCGCGCCGACUGUCGCUCCCACGUCUGCCCCAGUCGCGUCCUCCAAGCCCUCCGCGUCCAAGCCUACCGCCGGCGCCUCUCUUCCCGGCGGUGUCUUUAUCACCGUUCCAGCCAACAACGGUGGCGUCUCCGCGACUCCCACUGCCACUGCCACUGCCUCUGCCUCUGCCUCCAAGGCACCUGCAGUCACUCCUAGCGCUGCCCCCUCCGCUGCCCCCUCCGGCACUGACGGCGGAUCCGGUUCCGGCUCUGGCAAUGGUACCGACACUCCUUCAACUGGCGCUGGUGCCCAGACUGUUGGUUCCCCAUGCGCCAACGAGGGCGCGUGGAACUGUGUCGGUGGCAGCUCCUUCCAACGCUGCGCCAGUGGCACCUGGUCAUCCAUUCAGCCGCUCGCCGGCGGCAUGACUUGCACCGCCGGCAUGGGCUCUGAACUCAACAUGGUUGUGACCCGAAACGGUCGCAAGCGUGCCCUGCACCAGCGCUCCCUUCGAUUCCGUUCCGCCUAA